AUGAGCGAUCUCGCACCCAUUCUCGAGCGCCUUGGCCUUGAGCAGUAUCUCGACCUUUUCAUCAGUGAAGGGUUCGACACUUGGGAAACCUUGACCGAUAUUCAAGAGAGUGACUUCGACGCCCUCAAUGUCAAACUUGGCCAUCGAAGGAAAUUACAGCGGGCGAUCGCUGAAUACCGAGGAAUCCCUUUCGAGCGACUCCUCGGCUCUGCUGCCCAGGAGGCACAGCCAGAGAGUGGCAGAGCGACCGAAGCUGUCGUCGCUGGCCCGUCAGAGGCCGAGAGGCCAUCUGGCCCUCCCCCCGAGGCAAAGAGAAAGUACAGGCGUCAUCCCAAGCCCGAUGAGAAUGCCCCCGAGCGCCCUCCUUCUGCCUACGUGAUAUUUUCUAAUAGAAUAAGGGAGGAAGUCAAAGACCAGAACCUAUCAUUUACACAAAUAGCCAAACUUGUUGGAGACCGAUGGCAAAAGUUGGAUCCAGCUGGCAAAGAGCCAUUCGAGGCCCAGGCAAGCGCGGCAAAGGAGAGGUAUAACAUCCAGCUGUCCGUGUACCGCAAGACGGAUGAAUACAAGGAGUAUAUGGCCUACCUCGCCGACUUCAAGGCCAAACACGGGCAAACAGCAGAGGCAAAGCGGCCUAAGCUUGAGCCCGAGUCUAGUGGCAGCAUAAUUUCUACAAAGUCCUUUGAAGCAAGCCACGAGGGAACCGCGCCACCAUCUGGUCAUUUCAGAGGCAGCUCGAUGGGCUCUUCUGCAUCGUCUCCAUUCAUCGGUGGAGGGACACAGCAAACGGGCUCAGGAACCCCUGCACCACCGCGACCUCGUUUGCCCUCUUCUCGCAGCGGGAGUCCCCCACCAGCGUUGCAGAGUCGAGAGCACUUCCGUCCAGGGCUCAUCUCUGGGCACAGCUCCGUCUCUGACGAAUCGGCCACGGUAAAGAGUGAGGUGCCUGACACAGUCACCCGCACUGCAGGUCUGUCACUUGGUGCGCCUUCAGCAACACCUCCUCUGCCGACUUUCACUCCAAGCGCCUCAGCUGGGGAUUCUGCGCCGGGCCAUGAUCCUCUCGCAAGGUCGAGGUUGUCUUACUUCGUGCAAUCGCAGCAACCUGUGCCUUCCCAUAUGUCGAACGUCGGGAUCAGCCCACCCGGGCAAGGUUCGCUCUCAUACCAGCAGAACUUGCCCUCACCCACAACGCAAGAAUCGUCAUGGAGAAGUCGACCGCCUGAAUUUCGGGGCUACCAAGAGACGCCAAGAGCCCUACCCGGUUCCUACCCUCAUUCGACCCAAGGCAGGGAGCAGAUCAGUCCAACCCAGCUGCCACCAUUGUUAUCACAAGAUCAACUGUCAAACUAUCACCCAGCAGCAAGUCCCCGGCAUCUCCCACUUCCUCGAGCACCAUCUGCAGGCACGUCCAGCCUCCCACAUCUUGCCCGCGCCAUGGAACCGCCUCGCCCUAUGACCGAGCCACUCCAGAUACGCCAGCAAGCCCGCGAUGACGGCAGGCCCGGCCUCAACCGGUCAGAGAGCGACGCGGCUACCACACUAGCCGGCCUUGCGGCAGGAGUGGCUCGGCCUGACCCUCCCAAGCCUCAUAGUCCAGGACCCCCACGGCGCCCGCGACCUUCCCCCUGA